UUCAACCGGAAGAUAUAGGGUUGAGAAACUUCAUAGAGGGUACGAGACGUGAUUCGUUGCCGAGGUUGGAUGUAAUGUACUACUACCCUGCUCGAGGAUAUCCGACCCCACCAUGCCGUAUUUAUCAUCUAGAGAGGUUCUUUUCCUGAAAGCUUCAAUUGUUGCCGCUGCUACAGAAGAGCCAUGAUCGCGAUGGACAACGGCGUGAACAACGUGCAGAAUGUGCGACAAUUCCUGGGACCAAAUUGAGCCUCCUACCCUGUUCAUUGCUCUUGCUCCUCUAGAGUGCCAGAGGAGAAGUCGGCACUCCAUUCCAUCCAGAUCGGUCCAAGAUAGUACUUCUGCACCAGCAGGUUCUGUUGUGCAUGCAAGUGACACUACUUGCUCCCUGGUCCCGCAGCUCAGCUCUCACCAGGCUGGCAGUGGGAGCCUAGCAAAGCUCGCAUCACCGUCAUCCCUCGGUUUCACGCAUUUACCAAAGACCAAUAAUGAUAUCAUGCGUAGUCAGUCCUCCCGGGCAAUGCGACGGUCAGUAUGUAAGUACAGCGAAAAGCGACGACGCGAGGGGAAUAACCACCCGACGAGGGGGAAUAAGCACAAGAUGGGGCCUCGUCCGGCGCAGCAGGCACACGCAAUAUACGUGGGGUGUACGCGAGGGAAGAUGAGUGUACGGCAAUGCAAGAUGGAGCAAGAUGGACAGUGAGUGUAAGAGAGCGGAAGGCUGGCGCGCCCGCGGACACGCCGCCAGCGGUAGACGCAGCGGCGGGCGCAUAAUGGACGCCCGCCCGCGCGGCGGAGCACAGACGUCGAGACGAAGGUAGUGUACAGCGAACGGCCAUAUGAAGGCACGGACAAAGGUAAGUGGGCGGGUUGAUUAAACACUGUGGUCUGCGCAGGUAGGUUGAUGAGGAGAGCAGGGUAGGGCGGACAGG